CUCGAGAGGCGUUGAGUGUUGUGGUAGAAACCCUUCUCCCGACAGCUAACGUCACCCAGACAACAACAACAACAACAACAACAACAGCCCCUCUCCUCUGAACUCACGGCAGCGGAAGGCCGCCGCGGGGGGGAUCGUUACCGGGACGGGAGGAAGAGGCAGGUGUUCGACCAGGUGACUCCUGUCGGUCAGUAUGAGCUCCAAGGGAGGAGGAACCGCUCUGACCCGCCGCAACUACAGGCUGGCUUCAGACACCGACAAACCCAAAGCCACAGGUAUCGUGAAUGAGAAGUUGCUGAGUGACUACCUGCACCACGUGUUUCCCUGCACCAAACAGACUCCUGCCCCGGCCCCCAGGAAGCCUCUUGGUUUCCAGGAGCUCGGCGCUCACCUGGAGAGAUUGUUGUCCGAGGGAGAACCCGCCGAGGAGAGUGCAGAUCAGCCGCUCGAAGGCCGCCUCGGCCCUCAGCCCGUCGUCCUGGAUCACACCAGCGGCUUUGAAGGACUCCUCUUCGUAGACGACGACCUGCUGGGGGUCAUCGGCCACAGCAACUUCAGCUCCAUCAGAGCCACCACAUGUGUUUACAAAGGGAAAUGGGCCUACGAGGUGCUGAUCUCCUCCCAGGGUCUGAUGCAGAUCGGGUGGUGUACACUCAACUGUCGCUUCAACCAGGAGGAGGGUGUUGGCGACACUCCGGACUCUUACGCUUACGAUGGGAACCGAGUGAGGAAGUGGAACGUGACGACGACUAACUACGGGAAGUCGUGGGCGGCCGGAGACAUCGUCAGCUGUUUGAUAGACCUGGACGAGGGCACCAUCACGUUCUGCUUGAAUGGCCAGUCUCUGGGCACGGCGUUCACCAGCAUCAAGACGGGCCCGGGCGUCGCCUACUUUCCCGCCAUCAGCCUGUCCUUCAAAGAGUCGGUGGCUUUCAACUUUGGCAGCCGGCCCCUCAGGUACCCUGCAGACGGCUACCUGCCCCUCCAGAACCCCCCCACUGCAGACCUGGUGAAAGCUCACAAGCUGCUGGGCUACAUCAAGAACGUCCUCUCCACUUCCAUCGACACGCAGGAGGAGAGGCUGCUGGAGAUGGACUGCUCCUCCUGGAGGCUUCAUGGAGAAGCUACAGUCCUCAUCACCCUGGCUCACAUCUUCAACCACUUCGCUCCCCUCAUGUGUAAAGUGUACCUGGUGGAGGACGUGCUGAUGAACUUCCUGUUGGGGAUUCUGGAGGGAGGAGGUUCCGUCGAUGAGCACCAGCUCAUACAGCAGCUGCUGGAUCUCUUCUGGCUCCUGAUGGAGGACUAUGAAGUGAACGAGUGUCUGAAGCAGCUGAUGAUGUCGCUGCUGAGAGCCUACAGAUUCUCCCCCAUCAUCCCUGAUCUGGGCUUCCAGAUCCACUACCUGUGAUAGACGACGGCCAUCUUGCACCAUGAGAAGUCCAGGAAGUACCUUCUCAACAACGUCCUGUUCGACGUGCUGCGUUCAGUCGUGUUUUUUUACAUCAAGACGCCUCUGAGGGUGAAGGAGGCGGGGCUAGAGGAGCUCAUCCCGACCACCUGGUGGCCCACGCACUUCGACAAGGAGGGGAAAGAUGAGCGGGAGCCCAAAGACGAGAGCGCAGAGGAGCGACUGAGACGCAGAGCGUACGAGAGAGGCUGUCAGAGGCUGAAGAAGAGGAUCGAAGUGGUGGAAGAGUUGCAGGUUCAGAUCCUGAAGUUGCUGCUCAAUAACAAAGACAGAACUACGGUAU